CACACGCAUGCACACACACAGACACACACCCACAUACCCACACAAAAUCGUGAGGUAUUCACUCGUUUGGAGCUCACGUACUAGAAACUGGAAGCUCUUUUCUGGCUCCUCACACAAGAAAUCUUAACUUUAAAAACAAUAUGGAGUACUCAGAGUACAAGACGUAUGACUAUGAGGACCAUGACAACUUCAGCUACAACUACGAUGACUAUCAAACCGUUUGUGAAAAAGAGGACAUUCGCUCCUUUGCUAGAGUUUUCCUCCCCAUUGUGUAUGGGUUAUCUCUAGUAGUGGGGCUCACAGGAAACGCUCUGGUAGUGGCUGUGUAUGCAUAUUCCAAACGCUUGAGGACACUGAUGGACACGUUUGUGGUGCACCUGGCUGUGGCCGACCUCCUACUCCUACUGACCCUACCAUUCUGGGCUGCUGCUGCUGUUCAGGGCUGGGAGCUGGGAGAGGUUCUUUGCAAGAUUGUCACAGCUUUAUACACCAUCAACUUCACAUGCAGCAUGUUGCUCCUGGCCUGCAUCAGUCUGGACCGGUACCUUUCACUAUUCCCACAGCUCAAAGACCGUUUCCUAGGACAGAUAUUUAAGAGGAACUCCUCCGCCAAACUCUGCCUAGUAGUGUGGGUUGUUAGUUUCUGUCUAGGAAUCCCUGAUUUGGUGCUCUCGACAGUUAAAGUGCUUCCCAAUAGGAAGGUCUGCAUGGCCAUGUACCCUUCUAACAUGGCCAUUCAAGCAAGGGUGAGCAUGGAGGUGAUAGAGGUGCUGCUGAGUUUCUUGGUGCCAUUGUUGAUGAUGCUGUAUUGCUAUUUUCAUGUGAUACGGAAGCUAUUUGAGCUUCCGCCAGAGAACAGGGGGAAGAGAUGGACAACAAUCCGUGUAUUGUUGGCAGUGGUUGGAGUUUUUGUGCUUACGCAGUUUCCUUACAAUGUUGUGAAGUUCUGUCGAGUCCUGGAUGUGAUUCAUACGCUAAUAAGCAACUGUCAGACAAGUAAAGCACUGGACCAGGCAGCACAGAUUACUGAGAGUCUGGCUUUGAGCCAUUGCUCCCUGAAUCCUGUGCUCUAUGUCUUUAUUGGCUCAUCCUUUCGGCUACGUGUGCUAAGGUUUGCCAAAGCCUUUGGCCAGAGGAGGAGAUUGGCACAGAGAAGAGAGGAAUGCGGUGUCGAGAUCUCCCUUAAUUCGCACUCGCAAUCCCAAAAUACAAGCACUUUUUCCAUAUGAGUAAUAUAUUUAACAGCAAUAUGGAGGAUGAGAUAUGAAGUGCAUUUCUGUAUGUCUAAACAUAUUCUAUAUUUAACAGCAUAAGCAUGCCCAGAUAUAUAUAUUUGCAUGUUAUCAGUGUUUACAGGCAAUGUUUUAUUCAAGUCGCGUGAAAAGGACCAGAAAAACAGGCUGGUUGAACUGGAAAGGUAUUGAAGUCAUUUUCCUUUUAACGGUAAUGCCCUUUGUACACAAGCCAAAGCUUAAACAAACCCCAACAGACCAAGAUGUGUUGUGAUAAUAUGAGCUUUUUUUUUUUUUACUCAAGUAAAAAGGCAGAUUAAAUUGAACAAAGAAAGAACUGAACAGGAAUUGAAAUCAUCACAUUACUCAUCAUCUCGCCAGGGUUUUGAAGGGACAAAAUACUGCACACACAAACAACAUACACAUGCUACACAUUUUUUGAAAAAAUUAAAAUUUUCUUCUUCCAUAUGUAUUCUUAUACUCUGAACUAUAAUAGAAUAAGGCUUGUUGUGGGAAAAUACUGGGUGGGUAAAAUCAAAUAACUUGAUGGGCUCCUACUGAUACCCUCACUCAGUCAAUCAGGUAGGUAUUUGACUUAUUAAAUAUUCCUAACAUGUUUAGAGAUACAACUUCUAAAUAAAGUGGCUCAGGCUUGGGUUAUGUUUUACAGAUGUUGCCAAAAAAAAAAAAGGCCACAGUGCCUCUAAGGGACCACCAUUUAGCAUUGUUUACACAGUGGGCUCCAUUUCAUUGGUUUACUGUUCCUUCCUGUAUCUGGGUUUCUUUUUGGUUACUGGUCAAAUACAAGAUUAUAAUCUUUCCUCCUUCCUUUAUUUAAAAACUCUCUGUGAGCAUAGUGCACAAUUAAUCAGUGAAAUGUCUAGAUUUGAGGCAGAGUAUUGUGAAACUGGUGUUUUUCUUUGGUAGGUAUCUGAAUUUCGUUGAGUUAUGUUCUGGACAAGCAGGGACACAUUAGGAACUUGAUUAGCACAAUUGUUUUUGGAGACGCCUAGACUGGUUUGAAGCCUUUGUUAGGCAAAAAAGGAAGUAAAUCUCUCCUUAAAGAUAAAUCUUGUGGCAUCUCUUUAUUUGAUUUCCUUUGUAAAAUACAUCAUAAUACUUGUGCUUGAAGCAUGCCCUCUCCCAUGACUUAAGUUCACAACAAAGUUGGUAUCUGUCCAGGUAAUAUAUUGUGAUGUACAUUGUAUCCUAUGUAUCCGUAUAUCCAUGCAUCUUCCAAUGCUAUAUUUUGGUUCAUGACUGACAGUACGUGGUGUUUACCGAAGCAGAAUAGGCCGUCAGUAUGAACUAUCCAUAAUUGAGAAAUAUAAACACAUUAACAGAUUGCAGAUGUGCGAAAAGGCACGUGUACCUACUUAAUCAUCCUUCAAGAAUCUAAUCCAAUGGUGCAAUAGAGCAAAUUUCAAAUGAGUACUGGUGCAUGUUUCUUUUGUACAAUGAGUCAUGGGUUAUGCAUGAUGGAACAUGUUCUGCUAUUUACAUUUUUGGUAAUGUGUUUUCUGAGGAACACCCUGGAUGCAGUACCAAGCCAUCAUGGGAUACCAUGCAUGAGAGGCUGGGUAGACUAGUCUACCAAUACAUUCACUCCUUGCUGCUGUGAGCAACUCGAACUGGGGCAGUGGAAAAAACUAUGAGUCAGACUGAAAGAAGAAACAGACAGACUGUAAAGAAACCACUCUGUUAGUUUGAAAAUAUUCCAGACUAGAUGAAGCCAAUUCUCCAGCCAACUCUACAAGUCUACACCAGGAAAUACCUCUCGUUUUGUUUCUUUCAUUUGAACUGAAAUAAUAAUAAUAAUAAUAAUAAUAAUGUAUCUGUUUCAGAAUUAAGGAUUUCAGCUGAGCUGCCAGUGUGUAUGUCUUAAAAGAAUUGGUAUGUUCUUGAAUAAUGUAAUAUGAUGCGCAGAUUUAUUUAUAUGCUUUCCUCAUUAGCCCAAAAAUACAUCAAAACAGAAAAUUUCAUUUGCAAAUGGUGUAUAUUUGUUAACGCAAGUGCAAUAUGGUCCACAGUUCUUCGCUGCACAAAUAAAACAGCCUAAGAAGAUGUACACUGAAACAGUUUUUGCUUUAACUGUGGAAAAGACAAGUAGUCAAUUUUUUUUUAAUUACUGCUGACUAGGGGGAAAAAUGUAGCUGUACAACGCCUACGAUGCACAAAUAUUCAUACAUUUACCAAAGGCCACUUUAGAGCGAGCCAGUCCACCCAGCAGCAUGUUAUUGAGUAGUUGUUGCUUCACUGCUGUGUGGAAUUUUGUAUCUUCCCUCAAAGUAAAAGUCAGUUUCUCUUGUUUUUUCUCACCUACCAAUGAAUUUUUAGCAAGUCAUUUUAUGUCUGGAAAAUGUCAGGUUAAGUCAGUUUCAACGUCUUCUUUACAGUAAACCUGCAAUCACAUGUAGACCGAGAUGUUCUACUAAGUUUAGCAUUCAUAACCAUAUUUUAGAAAAUGGAACCCUAAUCAUUAAUAAUGGUGCACACCAAGGAUGUAUGCUCUCCUUAAUGCACUUCUCUUUGUAUGGGUUGUUUCACAAUCAUGGUUAUCUUUCUGAAUAACACCGACUAACUCCUGCACCUAGGUCCAGUAUAUAUACACUGGAAUUUUUUAGACUUUAUUUUACAGGGACACAUCAGCCCUACUUACAGCAGUAAUGUCUCUUACAAGUUCUUAUAAAUAUGUUUAUAAGAGUCAAAUGUGGGCUCAGUUUUGACCUUGUGGUCAUUUCAUUUAAUUCUACCAGAAGUGGACAAAGUACCCAACUUCAUGACUUAAGUCAAAGUACAGAUCACACUGGUCAAAUGUUACUCCACUCCGAUACAAGUGAAAGGUGUCCAGUCAAAUUUUUACUCAAGUUAAAGCACUUAAGUGAAGUACUUGCUUUUAAAAAAUACUUAAGUAUUAAAAGUACAUUUUCUGUCAA